AUGUCAAAUCAUCAGUAUUCUACAGGUCGUCCUUCUGACUUAAUUACACGAGUUGGUCGACGCAUGAGUGUUGUCUUUAAUAUAAACAGACAAACUUCAAUGAAACGCAAUGAAAAUUUCUAUCAAGGUUAUCAAUUGAGUAUGAGUGAUUUGAAAAAAGCUACAACCGCUUCCAAGCAAACAGCAGGUUGCUUAUUUACAAAUUUUGAAGAUGUUAGGAAAGAGUAUCUUAUGCUUGUUGAGAAGUGUAUGAAUUUCGCAUGUGAAAUGAUGGAUCUUUGUCGGGGUACACAAGAAGUUGAAGCGGUUAUCUCAGAUUUCUUAGAAGAUGGAACAAAUAUCCGCGAUCCACUCGGUCGUCUACGACUUGCUAUACGCUUCGAGGAGAAAAAGUUUGUUGCUCAUCCAAAUUGUCAACAAUAUCUUACUAGUAUAUGGUAUGGAUCAGAAACAGCUUUUCUUCAAUCAUGGUCAUUAAUUAGGAAAAUUGGUCUUUCCAUAGCUGCUACACCGUUGCUUCCAUUAUUCUGUUUAAUAUACAUUAUACUGCCUACCUCGAAUAUUGCUCGUUCAAUGCGAUGUCCGGCAGCUAAAUUUGCAACUCAUGUUGUAUCCCAUUUUUUAUUUUUAAUAUUACUCGCUGCAGCAACAUUCCGUUUAGAAGAGAAUUAUGAUGCAUUAUUAGACGAACAAAUGCUUGGUACAGGGGAUGAAGAAACAAUACGACAAUGGGUACAAAAAAACUUUCGACCAUCUAAAGCAAUUAUAACACAUGUUCAAAUAUGUAUUGUAUUGUGGGUAGCCGGACUACUACUUGCUGAUAUUAAACAUAUCUACUUUGCAGGAUUCAGGUCUUAUAUAUGUAAUGCAUAUAAUUUACUAAAUUUUUGUAUAUUAUCCAUGUAUAUUGGUUCGUAUACAUUACGUAUAAUUGUUGACCGUUGGGUGCGCGAAUCAGAUCUAUUCUUUAAUGCAACAACUCAAGUGAAUUUUUUAUUGCAAACAAAUAAUAGUAUAUUAGUACAUCAAAUGGUACAAAAUUGGACACAGUCAUGUCAUCAUGAUAAAAGUUAUUUUAUUACCGCGUCCCGAUUUCGUUGGAAAUAUGAUGAUCCUGAAAUUGUAUCAGAUGUUAUGUUUGCAGUAGCUAAUGUAGUUAGCUUUGCUCGUACCACGUAUUUGAUGCCAGCUUUUGAAGCACUAGGUCCAUUACAAAUUUCAUUUACCAGAAUGCUUACAGAUAUUACACGAUUUAUGGUUCUAUAUUUACUGGUGUUGUUUGCAUUUAUGGUUGGUCUGCAUAACCUCUACUGGUAUUACGGUUUACAAACAUUUAAGACCUAUGAUGAAGUAACAAAUACUACACAGACGCUAGUUGCAACAGAAAUGUUCGAAGGACUUCGUCAUACACUAUACAGUUUAUUCUGGUCAAUGUUUAGUCAAGUCAGUAUUAGUAAAUUACCGAUUCGUAAACCAGUUGGAGCUAACAGAGAGAACUCUGGAAGACAUUGCGACGAAACAAGGCGUUCAUUAAACAUCGAACAACCAUUCACAGUGCAGAUUAAUGAUGGAAAAUCUGCUGCCGUCAGUCGUCCAGUGAAUCAUCCCACCAUCAGAUUAUGACAAAUUUCGCCGUAUUCAAAGCACACCGAAACACACAGGACCAAAUGAUGGAUAAAGACAAAAUUAGUGUACUUAACUGUAAACUUCAGAUUCUAAGAGUUACGUUUGGGAAUUUAAAUGUCUUUGGAUUAAUAAUUUUUCAACAAACAACUAGCA